AUUAAAGUGAUUGUUAGGAAUCAUUUUCCCUAUAUUAGUUGUCCUCUGUGAAGCCAUUAAAGUUCUUGCCAGAUAAUAUCUGCAUAAUUAGGAAGGAAUACCUCAGAUAUAAUCUGUUUUCUUUUCCAAAAUCUUCACCUCUAAGCAUUAUAUUUUAUCUUGCCGGAGUCAUCUUUCAGGAUCUUCGAGAGGGAUGGAGAUCACGCAGAGGAAUUUAAGCUUUGCUGUGGAAUCAGGGCACGCGACCUCUAAGUUUGAUGAUGAUGGCCGCGUAAAACGAACUGGAACCGUGGCGAGUGCAAGUGCACAUAUCAUAACAGCCGUUAUUGGGUCUGGAGUACUGUCUCUGGCAUGGGCAAUGGCUCAGCUGGGUUGGAUUGCAGGGAUUGCUGCUAUGCUUAUUUUCUCUCUCAUCACUCUGUUUACUUCUAGUCUACUUGCUGACAGUUAUCGGUCUCCUGACCCUGUUACUGGGAGAAGAAACUACAGUUACAUUGAGGCUGUAAAGAAUAACUUAGGAGGAAUUAAGUACAAGCUUUGUGGGGUAGCUCAAUAUACGAAUCUUGUAGGAAUAACUAUUGGAUACACCAUCACUUCUGCUAUUAGCAUGGCGGCCGUCAAAAGAUCGCACUGCCUUCACAAGAAUGGCCAUGACGCAGGAUGUCACACAUCAAACAAUCCCUACAUGAUCAUUUUUGGGGUCAUUCAGAUUGUUAUAAGCCAAAUACCUAAUUUUCAAGACCUUGCAGGGCUCUCCUACGUCGCAGCUGUAAUGUCUUUCUCCUACGCUUGCAUAGGCAUCGGUCUCUCGAUAGCACGAAUAGCAGAUGGGAAAGCUGGGAAGACAAGCAUCAUAGGUGUAAGUGCAGGAGUAGAUGUGACAAUUUCACAGAAGGUGUGGAACUGUUUACAGGCCAUUGGAAACAUUGCCUUUGCCUAUUCGUACUCGAACAUCCUCAUUGAGAUACAGGAUACACUAAAAUCAAGCCCACCAGAGAACCUGGUGAUGAAGAGAGCUGCCGCCAUUGGAGUGUUAGUUACCACUUGCUUUUACUUCCUGUGUGGAGUUCUGGGCUAUGCAGCGUUUGGAAACCGAGCGCCUGGCAAUUUUUUAACAGGAUUUGGUUUUUAUGAACCUUAUUGGCUUAUUGACAUUGCUAACAUUUGCAUUAUUAUCCAUCUUGUGGGAGCUUACCAGGUUUUCAGCCAGCCAUUACACCAAAAUGCGGAAAAGUGGUUUAUCAGCAGGUGUGGAACAGGUCAUUUCAUAGUACAAGAACAUCAGAUCGUCAUUCCGUUUGUGGGUAUUUACAACGUGAGUUUCCUCCGAUUGAUCUGGAGAACAACGUAUGUUAUAUGCACGUCUGUGAUCGCAAUGAUGUUUCCAGUCUUCAACAGUGUUUUGGGAUUGAUUGGAGCCGCUGCAUUCUGGCCAAUGACUGUAUAUCUACCAAUAGAGAUGCACAUUUCCCAGGCUAAAAUUCGCAGUUUUUCUCUUCUCUGGAUUUGGCUAAAGAUAUUGUGCUGGGCUUGCUUGAUUGUAUCACUCGUUGCUGGUGCCGCAUGCAUUCAAGGCAUUAUUUCGGAGCUUAAACACUACCAGCCUUUCAAGUCUGUUUCUUAACGUAUCUUCUGAAGCAACUUUUGCGAACCCUUGUUUGAAUUAAUUAUCUAUGUUAUCGCAUGUUGGGUUUGAGAGAUGCGUGUAAUGGGUCAUCUUACUAGCUAUUAUCCCUUGAAAUUAUCAGUAGUACUGGGAUUUGCUCUAAUAAUUAAUGUGAGUGGGAGUUCUGCAUA